AGUAGCCUACCAGUGUCUCUAGAGCUUCUGUUCAGCGUUAAAUUGAGCGUGGAGCCUCUGGUUCAUAAAGAAAAGCGCCAAAGAUUCAUGUAAAAAUUACCAACUUGCUCUCAUCGACCCACACGACUCCUCCGCCACCUCCGCAUUUGCAUCUUGCGCCCACCAUGUCUUUUGGUCCUCCCAACAGCGCGCCCCUCCCCUCUUCCUUUGACGAAAAUGAGGACUUUUACAACGAAAACACCAUCGACAAGAUAUGGCGCCGUCUCCGCGAAGAGCCCCUUGUGCCCCUCGGCUGCGGCCUCACCGUCUGGGCCAUUGUCGGCGCAACCCGCUCCAUGCGUAAGGGCGACCACAAAAUGACAAACGUCUACUUCCGCCGCCGUCUCUACGCACAGGCAUUCACCAUUGCUGUAUUAGUCGCAGGAAACAUGUAUUGGCAAAAGGACCGUGUCAAGCGCAAGGAGUAUGAGAAGAAGGUUGCAGAGAAGGAACGCAUGGAUAAGAGGGAACGAUGGCUGAGGGAACUGGAGAUGCGAGAUGAGGAGGACAAGGCGUGGAAGGAGCGCAUGGCUAAGAGGGCUCGAGGAGCGGCUGAGGAGGUUAAGAGCGAGGCAAGGGGUGUCACGGAUAUGGUUGCUGAGAAGACGAGGGAACUCAAGGACAAGACUGUUGGAAAAUAAGAGGCGGGUGUGACCUAAUAGACCAGCUCUAUGAGAUGAGAGGUCAAGGAAAACCCAUGUGAAGAAACGCGUUUGGGAGCUGGGCAUCUUUGAAAACUUCAACCUUUGCUGUAUAUGUAUUGGGCACUGUACGAGUACAUUGGGGAGAACUUGAAAUUACGCCGAUUACGAACAGUCAAUCACUAUUAGGUGUAUUGGUUUGCGCUACUUUGCUUUGAAAGUACGAGCGCAUCAAGAUAUUGUUUGAGUCAUUUAUAACAAUAAAGUAAUUAGUUUAUUCAUUCUUAACUGCGAG